AUGUCUUCGCCAUCAACUAUCCCACCUCCCAGACUCAUCACCGCCUCGAACCUCCCCCUUUCGGAGUCUGCCGCGACAUCAUCCCAUACCGAGCCUGCCGUAGAGGUUCUCGUCGACACGCUCAAGCAGGAACCUAUUCCGGGGGGAUCACUGGUGAGGGCACGUGUUGCAACCCAUGAACGUGUGCCAACCAGCAACGAUGGAUCGGGUCAUUCCCCGCUUGCUGAUGUCCCAGCCCCUGGUAUUGUGAUGCCAAAUGGGGUCAAUAUCUACUACCUCGACGUUGCCCCGAACACCGAGGGCGUCAUGCACCGUACAACCUCGACCGACUAUCUUGUGGUUCUGCAAGGCACUUUGAGCCUGAUGACGCCCCGUACUUCCUUUGACGUUGGAGGUAGCUACGGUCAGCCUGCCGAGACUCUGUGCCAGCCCGGUGAAGCUGUCAUCCAACGUGGGAUGCUUCAUGCGCUAUCAAACCGUACCGACCAAUGGGUCCGCGUCCUUGGCUUCGUGCUCGACUCGCAGCCGAACCGCGUUCCAGUCGAGGCUGGCCCAUCUGCAAAGCAGGGGGACUCUAAAAUCCUUCAGGAUGCCUGGCUUGCAUGA